AUGACCGAGCUCACGUUUCUACAGAGACGAGCAGGCAUCCUGCCACAAGCGGGUCAGCGGAUGAAGACGCUGCUUGACGUUCCUGUUCACAAGAUGCUCGAGGAUAUCUCCGUCUCCGCAGCGACCAAGCCCGCCAGCGAGUGCGUGAUAACCCUUCACUUUCAUGGGAGGCUAUUGACGACGCAGAUAUGCAGGGAGGCGCAGCCUAGCAAGCCUGUCCAGCUCAAUACCACAAACAAUGCGAAUCUGUGGGUCGACCGCUACCGUCCAUCACGGUUCACGGAGCUGCUUGGGGACGACCGCGUCCAUCGCGAGGUCCUCGCGUGGGUCAAGGAGUGGGACUGCUGCGUGUUCGGCAAGAAUAAGAACAGGGGCCGCAAACGCGCGCGGGACGACGCGGACGGCGAGAACCUGGACCAGUGGCAGCGGCCACGAGAAAAGGCAAGCAGUGGAUCCUUCCGCCUCCCUCCUUUCCUGCUGUUGCUCUCGGGCCCGCCAGGCCUUGGAAAGACGACGCUCGCGCAUGUCGUCGCCCAGCACGCUGGGUACAACGUCUUCGAGAUCAACGCGAGCGACGCGCGCUCCGCCGACGUCGUCGACGACCGGAUACGUCCCGCCCUCGAGAGCGGCGCGAGGAUCGGCAGCUCGAAGCCCAACCUCGUCGUCAUCGACGAGAUCGACGGCGCAACAGGCGGGUCGGAUUCUUCUAGUGGGUUCAUCCACAAGCUCAUCCAGCUCACGCAAGACAGGCCCCAGAAGAAGAUGGCCGGCGGGCGCAACCCCCACAAGUCCGGCGGCGACGCCGCGCGCCCGGUCCUCCGCCCGAUCAUCUGCAUCUGCAACGACCUCUACGCGGCCUCGCUCACGAAGCUCCGGCAGCACGCGCGCAUCGUGCGCUUCUCGCGUCCGCACGACACACACGUCGUCCGCCGCCUGCGCGAGAUCUGCGAGCGCGAGGGCGUCAAGGCCGACGCGCGCGCGCUCGCGACGCUCGUGGGCGUCGCGCAGGGCGACUUCCGCGGGUGCCUGAACACGCUGCAGAUGCUCAAGGCGAAGGCGGGCGGGGGUGGAGCCGGGGGCGGGGUGAUGGUGACGGAGCCGAUGGUGCGGAGCGCGACCCGCGGGAUGAAGGAGGCGGAGGCGGGCCAGAUGGCGGUGCUGAACGACCUGUUCGCGCCGCUGUCGAGGCGAAGGGCGAAGGAGAUGGGCGUGAGGGAGGACGAGCCGCGGUAUGUGGGCCGGUUGAGCCAGGCGGUGGAGAACUGCGACUCGUUGGACAAGGUCGCGAUCGGGUGCUUCGAGCACUAUGCGAACUUGCAUCGGCACGAUGCGUCGUUUGAACGGUAUUCGAAGGGGAUGGAGUGGUUGUGCAGAUGGGACGUGCUCAUGGGCGCUAUGCGCGCGGAGAGGGAGUACGCGCUCCUGCCGUACAUGCCGUAUCCCCUCGUCGCGUUCUACCCGCUCUUCCAAGACCGCGGCGCGCCAAAGGUCGAGAGGCCAAAGGCGGACUGGGAGCACUACACGCAAACCAAGACAAACGAGGAGAUCUACAAGUCCCUCGCGCGCUGCCUCCGCACAGCGGCCGCGCGGUGCGGCGGCGACUGGCGGCACCUUGCGUCCGACACGCUCAUGCAGCUCGAGCUCGCCCCGUACCUGAACCGCAUCGUCUCGCCCCCGCUGCGCCCGGUGAACAGCCAGGUGAUCCGCCCCGCGGAGAAGGCGGUCCUGGCGCGGCUCGUGAGCGUGAUGGCGAACCUCGAGCUGCGGUUCGUGCAGGAGAAGACGGAGGAGGGCCAGCUCGUGUAUAGGCUCGACCCGCCCAUCGACGUGUUCGUCACGUACGACGGGAAGCGCGCGGCGGACAUCGCGGUGUCGCGGUACGCGGUGCGGCAUCUGGUCGCUGCUGAGAUCGAUGCGCAGGUCAUCGCACGCCAGGCGGAGGGGAUCGAGAAGAACAAGGCAGGCAAGUCGGCGUUCUUCGGUGGGGCCUCGAAAGACAAGGCCUCGGCGGACGACGCACAGCCGCUCGCCAAGAAGCCGCGCCAGGACGACAAGCCCGCUGAGAAGAUUGCUGUGGACUUCUUCGGACGCCCGAUCGUGUCCAAGGACAAGCCCGAGAGCGCGAAGGGCAAGAACGCACCGAAGGAGAAAGUGUACAGGGUGGCGUACAAGUUCAAAGAGGGCAACUCGGCGGCUGUCAGGAAACCUGUCAAGGUUUCUGCGUGGCUGUAGCUGUAGCUCCUUGUGUGUCACUGGUGGGUAUGGUAGUAACGUGUAUCGUUGGACGGUCCGCUCGGAUGUAUGUUUGUAACUUAUGUAUUCAUUAAUGCUCGAUUUCAAAGGAGGUCUGUACUAGUAUUGAGGUGGGGGUUAAGAUACAUAGAGCAGGGCUACAUAUAGGUAUUGUAUGUGCAUGCGCGCUUGCGUGUAAUAAUGAUAGAGUCCAUGCUUGAAAGUGUACAAGAGUGAUGCGUGGGGAAGCGAAUCGAGAGAAGGGGACCAAGAUUAUUAGACUUAGGCAACUACUUUUAGCUCCUCAGCGAAGAACUCCUCGAGCACCCGCCCAAGGAUAGCGAGGCCCUGCUCCAUCACCUCCUCGGUACCCGCGAAGGUUGCACGGAGGUAGUUGACGCGGUCUUCAACCGGGUCCUCCAUGUUGUCGAACUUGGGAUCCGCAGACAACGCAAAUAUGCUUGCAGGCAUGAUGACGAGCCCGCCGUCCAAGCACCGCUCGAACAGCUCCUCCAUCAGCUCCUUCACGUUCGUCCGUGGGCCCGCCACGUCCUUGCUCGCCAUCCGCCGGUCCGCCCUGUACCGCGGGUGCUUCUCCACGUGCACCCGGAUCCACACGAACAUCCCUGCCUCGGGGCACUCCGCCCCAGCGAGGCCAGUCGGCGCGACCUCCCUCUCGAACAGCGCGAGGAAGUGCGCGCGGCGCCGGUGGUACUCGGCGCGCAGCGAGCGCACCCACCUGUCGAAGCCCGCGAGGCCCCAGCCGGUCUGCGCGAGCAUCUCGGUGAUGAGCAUCUGCCCGAAGCCGUGCGGGUGCAUCGUCGACGAGUCGGUGUACGUCACGAGCGCGUCGUGGAACGUCGCGUUCGAGGUGAUCCAGCCGAGGCGCAUGCCCGGGGCCAUGAUCUUCGAGAAGGAGUCGAUGCGCAUCACGCGCCCGUCGGUGUCGAGCGAGAGGAACGAGCGCACGAAGGGCGUGUCGGGCGAGGUCGUCGCGCGCGAGGGCGCGUCGUACUGCAGGAAGUAGUACGGGUCGUCCUCGAUGAUGAUCAGGUCGUACCGCUGGGCGAUCGCGUAGAUCUGCUUGCGCCGCUCCAGGCUCAAGGUGGACCCGGUGGGGUUCUGUCCGCAAGGGAUGAGGUACAUGACGUGCGGACGACGGCCACGCGAGGGGUGCCAGGUCGCGAGGGUGCGCUCGAGCUCAGAGGGGAUCAUGCCGCCCUCGUCCAUCUUGAUGCCGGCCCACUUGAUGCCCUGGGCGAGGGGGACGUUCGUCACCGAGCUGAAAGUGAACUCGUCCGCGAUGAAGGUGUCUCCGGGCUCGCCGAGUAUCCGGAAGCAUUUGGUGAUCCCGUCCGAGUUGCCGAGCGCGAGCGUGCAGAGGUGGUCCGCCGGCGCGUGGUAGACCUGUGUGAGCUCGGUCACGACGCGCUGCGCGUCGGGAAGACCUGUGCCGUGAGAGUACUGCAUGCCCGCCUGGAUCGGGAGCGCACACGGCUCAUGCGCGGACGACUUCAUCGUGUGCGAGGGAGCGCUGGGACCUGCCCGCCAUGACGCGACAGGGUCCUUUACAGCAACUGAGGCCAUCUCGUACUCGAUACUGCGGAUCGGGUACAGCGAGAAGUGCGGGUCGCCGUUGGCGAGAGAUACCAUAUUAGGCCUGCGACGCGUGAGCUUCCAAAUCUCCUUCAUAGGAUUUGGUUUCCGCAGGCGCGCCUCUGUAGAGAGGUGGUGGGUAAGGUCGACAGGAGUCGACAUGGCAGUGAUCGAGACGACAGUCAUAGUGCGAGAUAGUAUGAGAGGGUUGUACGAGACCGACGACUGUAACUUGACUUUUAUGUCCUGCUGCUGCGUGUUGCGGUGUGUGGAUAGUUCGGCCGAGUCACUUUGAGUCGGGGCUGGUCAGGUUUGUGAGGAAACCGAGUGUGGCUGACAGGCUGUCCCGACGGGAUAGCAUUAUAUAGCAGUCGUGAGGGCAGCGCGUAGGUGCAAUAUGCGGACUGCGAUAUGUUCGGCGUCCAAAUACGUACACGCCUCGAGCUCGGAGGCGAUGAUCCGGCGAAACGCGAGGACGCCAACAAUGCACGGAUGGCACCGAGUCAUCCAGCAGCUGCCAUCCUGCCGCGGGUGCUUUCCGCGAGUGCGCCGCGGAGGCGACUGUGACUGGGUGCGUGCAAGCGCCCCCGCUCCGGUGCUCGCGCCCUGAGGACAGCUUGUCUUCGGCAUCGGAGAUGACGGGACGGCCAUGAACGUGCGUAUACGACCAGAAGGAUAAUCUCCGCGUUUCAAGAGAGAUCUUCAGAGGGACAGCAAGCGGUCACAGGUGGACGUGGGCAGCGGCGGUGCUGUGGGAGGCUCGUCGCGGAGGUCGCUCUGCCUGAUGCAGACGUGCAAAAGUUGAUUGACUCCGCCAAGUGCGAUGCGGCGUGCACUGCUUGCAGGCGCCGUUCGAGAGCAUUUGCUACAGCAACCGCUCCGGACUUUGGCCUCGUGCCUGGGAGAGCACCGUUCCGACGAGCCGUCUGCUGAGUAAGUGCGAUGAAACCUGACCUAUCAU